UAUAUAAGGCCCCGCCCCGGCCCUCACAAGACAUCCUCAGCCCGUCCUCACUACACCAACAUGAAGCUCGUAAUCGUCGCCUGCCUGGUCGUCGCGGCUGUCGCUGCCCCGCAGUUUGGUCAUCAGUUCCCCCGUCACGAUCGCCCAGAUUAUCGCCACAUCGCCGUCCUGAGGGACAACCGCCAGGAUAGUGGCGAUGGUAACUUCAGCUACGACUUCGAGACUGAGAACGGCAUCGCCGUGAGCGCCGUUGGCCGGCCGGGUUCCAAGGGUCAGAGCAACAUCCAGGGGUCCUACAGGUUCACCCUUCCUGACGGCACCCCGGCUGAGGUCCGCUACGUCGCCGACGAGUUCGGGUUCCGCGCCGAGUCUCCGCUGAUCCCCACGCCCCACCCUCUCCCCGCCCACGCCAUCGAGCAGAUCCGCAACGCUGAGGAGCAGCGCCGUCGGGGCGUCGUCUGGAACUAAUUCAGGAGCCGGAAAACCCAGAAGAUGGUUUUGCCACGACAACGAGGAGGGACGAGCCAUGCAGUAGCCAGGCACACGGUUCCGCUUCGCCUUAGGCAGAGUGCUCCUUGUUCCGCUAAAAAAGUCACAGAAUUUCAAGCUAAGAUCUAUAUAUAGAUCAAAUACCUUAUCAAAUAUAUUUUCUCCGACGAUGUAUUAUUGACUUCUCUUAAUAAAUAUUGUAACUCCGAA